CCACGCGCAUGCGCCGACCUGCGCCCGGUGUUGCCGCGCGCGCUUCCGGCGCCAGUCGUGUGGUUUGUUCGGCGGAGCGCUUUGGCGAGGGCGGACCGCCAGCCCUUCGCGGUGCGGGAGGAGGCUGAUGGCUAAGGGUCCUGGGAUGGGAGCCACUGGACCUCUGCUCUGCUCGUAAGAGCAGCAGUCAGAGUCCCUAUUCAGUUUGUUCAGGGCCCUUGUGUGAACUGAGGAGCGGCUCUUGCCUCACCUAAGAAUGUGUGUGGUGUGACAGGAAAGAUCUUCUCUUGAGCACCUUCAGUGUGGUGGUUUGUGGUUUACAUUGCAACAGGAGGCACAGAAAUGUAUUAAAUUAUUGCAAAUUAUUGAGCCCAGGAUGCAACUUGAGAGGCAAGAUGCACAUUUUUGAGAAAUUAUUCGUGCAGCGAAUAACGGUUCAAUAUCAAAAGAAAUGCCAGCAAAAAGUGCUAAGCAUGCAAAAUAGAUUGGAGAGGGUUUCAAGUUUCGAGUUGAUGUGGAAUACAACAAUAUAUUGAACCAAAAACUGGAAAGCGCCCUGAAAUAUUCUUGACUUAACAAGCAUCUAGACACACAGACACACACACACUGUAAAAGAGCAAGGAAGAUGAUUGCCAUAAGCUGUUCAAUAUCUGAACAGCUUAGUAUUGAUAAAUUGUUAUGUGGGGGGAAAAAAAACACUUAACCUUUUUAUUACCCCUGAAGGUAGAAUAAAGGAAGCUUAUCUUACACUAUUGGUUUUAAACUAUUGAAUGCUAAAAUAUACAAUUUUAAAUUGUUCAUUAAAGUAACUAAAACUUUGUUUUGAACUUUUUGAUUAAUAAAAACAAUUAACAUUUUUGUUUUGUUUUUUUUGCUUCUUAGUAUUUUGGAGUUCAUUGGCAUCACAACUUGAGUUGCAGCAGUGACGUGGCCGUAGUAGACGUGUCCUAGCAAUGUGACCUCGGGCGAGUCACUUAGUCUCUUAAGCCUGUUUUCUUAAACUCUAAAAUGAAAUUAAUAAUAUCAGUAGUAGCUGUUUUAUACAAUGUGAAGAUUAAAUUAAAAGGAAAUAUAAAACAGCACACUCCAUGGUACAUAGUGAACACUUAAUAAAUGGUGGCUUUUAUUGACAGUAGUAUAGACCCAUUGAUUUAUCUUUUAGAUAAAUAAAAGAUAAAUUUAGAUAAAUAAAAUUUAUUUAGAUAAAUUUAGAUAAAUAAAUAAAUGGAAUUUAUUUAGAUAAAUUUUAGAUAAAAUUAUUUAGAUAAAUUUUAGAUAAAAUUAUUUAGAUAAAUUAGAUAAAAUUUAUUUAGAUAAAUUUAGAUAAAUAAAUAAAUGGAAUUUAAAUUUAUCUAAAUUUAAAUAAAUUUAGAUAAAUAAAAUUUAUUUAGAUAAAUAAAACUAUUUAAUAAAUAGUUGAAUACAAGCCUCUUUAGAAAUUAAAAAUAAUUUCCUAAUAUUAUGUAAAAUCUAGUACUUGUUCAAUUUUCACUGAUUAUCUUUAAAAAAAGUGUAAUCACAAUUUUUGAAAAGCUUAAUAAAUGUAUUUUUAUUUCUUUAGUGUUUUAUAGUUUACCAAGUGGCUCUGCACAUAAUAUUGCUCCCUUUAGACAUGCCCUUGCUUAUCUUAGCCUCUUCAUCAGAGACCUCAGGAAAUGGUUAGUAAAAGACACUUAAAUCCGUUUGGGCUCUUGUUAGCAAUGGUAAGGCAUUGACUAAGGAGCCAGAUGUGAGGGUUAGUAGAUUUGUUAAUCAUUUUAUUGUAAUUUUUUAGUAGUAGCUAGUUAAUGGUUUCAGUUUAAGAACACAUAUUAAAAUAUUUAUUAAUCCACUUGAACUUAAUAGCCUGUUGCUUCCUUGAGGGGCUACACAAAUAAUAAACUUAAUCAUUCACCUUUAUUCUGAGAGGCACAAAAUAGCUUUACCCAUAUUUGCCUUGUUUUUAGAUGUUUCCGUAUUCAUAGAUCUUGGCUGUGUCUGUAUCUUGCUCACCAAAUUUCAUUGUUAUGAGAAAGCUGUUCAGAGACUCGUGUUAGUCAGUCAUCUUUCUUGCUCUUUUACAGUGUGUGUGUCUAGAUGUGAAUGCUUAUUAAGUCAAGAAUAUUUCAGAGUGUUUUCCAGUUUUUGGUUCAAUAUAUCGUUGUAUUCCAUAUCAACUCAAAAGUUAAGAAAGCAAUAAAUUCUUUUAGAAUGGGGAAACAGUACUGACCAUGAAUGAUUACAAACCUCUCUAUAUCAUAGUCCUUUCAAUUAAACAUAAUAUAGGUAAUUACUUCCUCAUAGGCGGAAUAAGAAAAAGUUUGCCUGAAAGAGUAGCUUAACUUAAGGCCAGGUAACUGAAAUUGGGGCUUUUCUCACCAUACUCAUCUUUUUUCCUCACUUCCACCCCCUCAAAUUCUGAAGUGAUUGAUCAUAGGUAAAUAAGGAAAACUUGAGAUCAGCUGCCUGGGCUUGAAGUCAUCCUGAUUUCAAAUUACACAAAGAUAAAUGCAGAAUUCACUUAUGUUGCAAUCUGUUGUUUCAGGUAUUUGAACUGACCAAAGACAACUUCAGACCUGUAUAAUGUAACAGAAAAGGUCAGAAAACAUUAGGCAGUAGAAGUGUGAGCAUAUUAAGUAAGAUGAACGUCCCGGGAAGCAGUUGUGGAAGCCCUAGUUCUGCAGAUGUAUCUAAUGACUUUAAGGAUGUUUGGACAAAACUAAAGGAGUGUCAUGAUAAAGAAGUACAAGGUUUACAAGUAAAAGUAACCAAACUGAAAAAGGAACGAAUUUUAGAUGCACAGAGACUAGAAGAAUUCUUCACCAAAAAUCAGCAGCUGAGAGAGCAACAGAAAGUUCUUCAUGAAACCAUUAAAGUUUUAGAAGAUCGAUUAAGAGCAGGAUUAUGUGAUCGCUGUGCAGUAACUGAAGAACAUAUGCGGAAGAAACAACAAGAGUUUGAAAAUAUUCGACAGCAGAAUCUUAAACUUAUCACAGAGCUUAUGAAUGAAAAGAAUACUCUACAGGAAGAAAACAAAAAGCUUUCUGAACAGCUGCAGCAGAAAAUUGAGAAUGAUCAACCACAUCAAGCAACCGAUCUUGAAACUGAGGAAGAUGUUAUUCCAGAUUCACCAAUAACAACCUUUUCAUUUUCUGGCGCUAACCGACUACGAAGGAAGGAGAACCUCCACGUCCGAUACGUAGAACAAACACAUACUAAACUGGAGCACUCUGGGUGUGCACAGGAAUUGAGAAAAAUACCAAAGUCUUCAACUCAUCCACCACAUAAACAUAAUGAACGUGAAAUUCUAGUGGCUGACACUUGUGAUCAGAGUCAAGCUCCAGUGGCUAAUACUCAUGGAAAAAGCAGUUAUCCUCCUGAUAAUUUAGCUACAGUUGUUGCUGAAACACUUGGACUUAGUGUUCAAGAUGAGUCUGAAUCUCGAGGUCCUAUGAGCCCUGUUGGUGAUGAGCUCUACCACUGUCUGGAAGGAGAGCACAAAAAACCUUUUGAGGAAUCUAGAAGAAAUAGUGAAGAUAGUUUAAGAUUUUCAGAUUCUAAUUCAAAGCCUCCUCCUCAAGAAGAAUUGACUACUCGGGUAUCAUCUCCUGUAUUUGGAGCUACCUCUAAUGUGAAAAGUAGUUUAGGUUUGAAUACAAGUUUGUCCCCUUCUCUUUUAGAGACUGGGAAAAAAAACCAUCUGAAAACAGUGCCUUUCAGCAACACUUCUAAUUCUAGAUCAGAGAAACCUAGAUUAAAAUCUGAAGAUGGUGCCCUCUUCACACAUCAUAAUAUUGGGGCUGAAGUGAAGAAGAUCACUAACCAGUCAUCUUCUAAUAAGCAGAUGCUUAUAAAUAAAAGUACAAGUGAACAGGAUAGUAUUGAUCACAUUAAAGAUACUGUUACUGAUAAAGAUAAACAUGUGGUACCCCUGAAAUCACUGGGAGGCCGAACCAAAAGGAAGAAAAUCGAGGAAGAAAGUGAAGAUGAAGUAAGCUGCCCCCAAGCCUCCUUUGAUAAAGAAAAUGCUUUUCCUUUUCCACCGGAUAGUCAUUCUUACAUGAAUGGAGACUAUGUGAUGGAUAAACCUUUGGAUCUGUCUGAUCGAUUUUCAGCUAUUCAGCGUCAAGAGAAAAGCCAAGGAAGUGAGAACUCUAAAAUCGGAUUUAGGCAAGUGACUCUCUCUGAGGUUUUGAAGCCUGUUCCAAAGGGCUCUUCCUCAAGCCGUAAGGCCUUGAGUGGGAGCUGUGGGUUAACCAGAGAUUCCCCAGAAGAGCCCAGCAGCUUACAGGAGUCCCUCCUCCAGUCCUUGAAUAAAUCUCCAGAUAAUAAAACACUGUUACAAAUAAAGGAAGAAAAUUCUAUCUUUAAAAUCCCUCUACGUCCACGUGAAAGUUUGGAGACAGAGAAUCUUUUUGAUGACAUGAAGGGUGCUGGUUCUUGUGAGCCUAUAAAAGUAAAAACCAGGUCAGUCCAUGGAGCAUGUGAACUUGCAUCAGUUCUUCAGUUAAAUCCAUGUAGAAUUGCUAAAACAAAGUCUCUACAAAACAACCAAGAUGUAUCCUUUGAAAACAUCCAGUGGAGUAUAGAUCCAGGAGCAGACCUUUCUCAGUAUAAAAUGGAUAUUACUGUAGUAGAUACAAAGGAUGGCAGUCAGUCAAGAUUAGCAGGAGGAGAGACAGUGGACAUGGACUGUACAUUGGUUAGUGAAACUAUGCUUUUAAAAAUGAAGAAUCAAGAGCAGAAGGGAGAAAAAAGUCCAAAUGGAGAAAGAAAACUGAAUGAUAGCUUGGAAGAUAUGUUUGAUCGGACUACACAUGAAGAAUAUGAAUCCUGUUUGGUGGAUAGCUUCCCCCAAGUAGCAGAUGAAGAGGAGUCGUCAACUGUUACAAAAAAACCAAACUCUCCUGGUGAUAAACAAGAUAAAGUCAAACAGAAAACAUUUGUGGAGCCAUAUUUUAAAGAUGAUGAAAGAGAGACUAGCUUACAAAAUUUUCCUCAUAUUGAGGUGGUCCGGAAAAAAGAAGAGAGAAGAAAAUUGCUUGGACACACGUGUAAGGAAUGUGAAAUUUUUUAUUACCAGUAUUAUGCAGAUUUUCCAGCAGAAGAAAGAGAAAAGAAGUUGGCUUCCUGCUCAAGACACCGAUUUCGCUACAUUCCACCCAACACACCAGAGAAUUUCUGGGAAGUUGGUUUUCCUUCCACUCAGACUUGUGUGGAAAGAGGUUACAUUAAAGAAGAUCUUGAUCCUUGUCCUCGUCCAAAAAGACGGCAGCCUUACAAUGCAAUAUUUUCUCCAAAAGGCAAAGAGCAGAAGACAUAAAUGUUGCAGCAAGAACAGGAGAGAUGACAAUAUUCUUUUUAUUUAUAGUUAAAGUUGGUAUUAAACAUUGAUUUUUUUUGAUCUUCUGAAAACUGAUUUAUCAAUCAUUUUUCUAUUGAAAAUGUUUUGAAAUAGCAUUUACCCAUCACACAGAUGACUAUUUAAAAAUGGAUAAGUUUAUUCGUAUUUUCUUGCUUUUGCACCUUUAAAAUAAUAAGGUGCUUUUAUUUUGCACUCUAAGUUAAAAGUUGUUUAUUACUUUAUUUGGUAAUACCUAAUUACAGUUUUGAAAAUAUGA